AUGUUUUCUUCACCAAAUCCUUCGCUCCGAGCAGCUUUUUGCAGCCCUUUAAGCUCCCGAAACAAGACCAUCCGACCGGUGAUGAGCAUGUCCUGUAAAGGGACGGAUUAUUACACGUUGCUCUCGGUGAGUGAUGGAUGUCAUGCGAGCAACGAAGACAUUAAGAAGGCUUAUAGAGCCAAGGCUUUGCAGUAUCAUCCUGACCUUGUUUGUGAUCCUUCCCUCAAAGACAAGUGUACGAGGAUGUUUGUUCAGCUGAAUGCAGCCUAUAAGACACUCUCUGAUCCUGUUCUUAGAAGAGAGUAUGAUGAUUCUUUGAUGGGUUUGAAAGGCAAUCAUCAUGGCACAUCUACAGGAUUUAAAGGGGAUUAUAGAGACCUGUGGCAAAGGCAGAUUCUCGAGCUCAAUCGGCGGUCGAAUCUUCGGAGGAAUUGGUCGUUGUCGUCUUGGGGCGGGAGAAUGCGAGCUCAAAAUCGUUGA